GUCCCAGCAUUUGACCCACAGCCUUGCUGUCCUCCCUCUCCUUCCUCCCCUGACCCUUCCCAGAGCCAAGCGGAGCUCCAGCCGGGAGGGCUGACAGGCUAGAAGAGUGGAGACAUUUGCUGUGGGGGAAGCUGGCCACCUUGAGUCUCUGUCCAACCCCCGCUCCCUGCCCACUGGCCCCUGGAAUGUUUGGACAGGAGGUAUAAGGGUGUCAGGAGCGAGCCUUCCCCUCAACAACUCAUUCUGGCUUUUCUCUUUCAGAAAACCGGCCACUCCCGCCGGGCCUUUAGCCGCCUCACCCAUGGUGUGUGGACUGUGGGCUUCCGGCUCUAACCCAUGCCCACUCCUUCUCUUGGUUCAUGUUCCUUCAUGAGGCACCCAGGCCCUGAAGACAGCUCAUGAGAUUUGGGACACCGCCCCCCACAUGCACCCAUACUCACCUGCCCACCCAAGAAGGCCCCUUGUGCCCCGAGCUAAGAGAGGACCUAGCAAAAGGGGGUGGGGGAGUCAUACACACCCCACCAUGGGACCAAGUGAGGAUGAGCUCAUUGCCAGGCUUUGGCCACCAGUACAUGGCUCCUGCUUGUCAUGGCACGCAUAGAGAAACUGAGGCUCAGAACCUGAUAGAGUCAGGGAAAGUUGAAAAUAUGCCCAGGAAACUGCUCCUAGCCUAACUGGGCAUUUUUGAGGACCAUUCAGCAGUAGAAGAGAGGGGCGGGGAAGAGGGUUCCUGUCACAUCAUGAUGCAGAACAGAUGAGGGGGCAGUUUGCAAAGAGGGGUCAAAGCGCAAUACAAAUAUUGUAAUAGCAGGUGAGCCUGAUCCCUAAUGGGGGGGGGGCUGGGCUAGUGCAAGCAGGCAUGUGUGUGUGUGUGUAUGUGUGUGUGACCAGUGAGUACACCAGUAAAAGUGCCAAGGGUACAGGGUAACUGGGGUAGUUGGAACAACCAGCCAAAGCACAGGGGCUUCCCAGCCCUGGGCACACUGGGAGCUUGCAGUCAGUCAAGAACUAGAGAUGCUGAGCUCAUCCCAGGCAUCUCCCUCCCCUGCCGCGUCCCCACAGGGCAUCUCUGAGCACUGGGUACCCUUGUGCCUCUGUGCUGCCUGCCUACCAUGCCCUACCCCACAAACGCUCUGAUAACAGUCUGUCCAUGUCUCUCUUCUGCUGCUCCUAUGGAAGCGAAGUUUUCCGCUCCUGCAGAAAGCAAAGUUACGACUUGGAGACAGGCGAGGAUGACAUCAGCGAUGUGCAAGGGACCCAGCGCCUGGAGCUUCGUGAUGACAGGACCUUCAGUACCCCCACAGGGGGCUCCGACACACUGGUGGGCACCUCCCUGGACACCCCCCCGACCUCCGUGACAGGCACCUCAGAGGAGCAAGUGAGCUGGUGGGGCAGCGGGCAGACGGUCCUGGAGCAGGAAGUGGGCAGCAGGGGUGGCACCCGCCGCCUCCCAGGCAGCCCAAGGCAAGCACAGGCGGCCGGGGCCGGGCCACGGCACCUGGGGGUGGAGCCGCUGGUACGGGCAUCUCGAGCUAAUCUGGUGGGCGCAAGCUGGGGGUCAGAGGAUAGCCUUUCGGUGGCCAGUGACCUGUAUGGCAGCGCAUUCAGUCUGUACAGAGGACGGGCGCUCUCGAUCCACGUGUAAGUAACGCUUCACAUGGGCCUGCACUGUCCCACCUCACCAUGCUGUCCUGCACUGCCCCUUCACCCCCAUCUCCUGGGCACACCCACCCCUCUGUGCACUUCUCCACCCCCCCAUUGCUUCCACUCCUGGCCCCAGCUAUUCACUCUGUCUUCCUACAGUGCUCAUCCAUCUCCUGUGCCAUCACCACCCACACCCUCCCACACCUACUGUUCCGGCUCACCGUGACAUCUCAUGGUCUCUGGACCCCUCUGUCCCUCCCUUGUCUCUUCCAAUGUCUCCACUUUCCCAGGGGCCCUCUUCCGCCUCGCCCAUUCAGGCUCCAGUUGUCCCCAGGAUCCCCCCCCCUUGGGGCCCCCUCCGUGCCUGCUGUCUCAGCAGCUGCUGCCUUUUCAUUCUCUGCACAUUCCUGUUCCCUGUGGGCCUUUUUCUGGGAGGAACGGAACCACGGCAGCUCCCGGGAGAGCAGGAGAGAGCAAGGGAGCAAGAGCACAACCAGG